GUGGCGGCGGCUGCGGGGCCCGGCGGGGAAAGAGGGUCCGGGAGCGGGCCACCGGACCCCACCAGGAGGCCAGGGCUGGGGGUGGUGAGGUCCUCCUCGCCAGGGCCUCGGCGACGCGAUGGAGUAAAGAAAGUCGAGUGCAGGGUGUGAAGUCUUCUGCUCCAGUCACUAUGGUACGAGAACGAAAAUGUAUAUUGUGUCAUACUGUAUACAGCACAAAAAAGGAGAUGGAUGAACAUGUGCGGAGCAUGCUGCAUCACAGAGAACUUGAAAACCUGAAGGGAAGGGACAGUGACCAUGAGUGCCGUGUGUGCCGGGUGACAGUAGUAGGCUUGUCAGCUUAUGCAAAACACAUUUCCAGCCAGUUACACAAGGAUAAUGUUGAUGCCCAGGAAAGAGAAGAAAAUGGAAAAGAAGAAGAGGUGGAAGAAGAAUACUUUGACAAGGAACUCGUUCAGCUAAUAAAACAAAGGAAUGAACAAAGCCGACAAGAUGAAGUAUCUGUUACUGGCCAAGAAAUAAACUCUGAUGACAGACGACAGUGGAGAAGAGAAGACCGAGGCGCUUACCAAGAGAGAGACACUUAUGAUCAGCUAUCAUGGCAUCAUCGUCCACCACCUCAGCGGGAUUGGAAGUGGGAGAAGGAUGGCUUUAAUGGUGGUUGGAAAAAUAACUUUCCACAUUCCUUGAGGAAUGGUGGUGGACCAAGAGGACGUUCUGGGUGGCACAAGGGUGGUCCAGGGGGAUCUUCAAAUUGGUAUCACAACCAUGGUAAUGCUGGAGGUGGUUGGCAUCCAAAUAAUGGGACAGUAGAUUGGCAUCAUGGUGGUACAGGAAGGAAUUCCAACUGGCAUUCUGAAGGAGCAGGUGGUUUUUGGCACAUGAACAAUAAUAGUGGAAACUGGCAAUCCAAGGCACGUGGUACAAAUAAUUGGAAUUAUAGUGGCCCUGGAGACCUAUUUCAACCUGGAAGAAACAGGAAUUCUAACUGCCAAAUUGAUGACAUGACCAUGCCGUGGAACAAGAAAUCUAAUAAAUUAAACAAGUAUAAUCCAGAAAGAUAUGUUUGGCAAAGGCAAGAGAAUAGAGGUUCCAUGGAAGGUGAUAAUGAUUACCUAUUGGAUUUUACAAGUGACAAACUUCCUUCAGAGGGUUUACUUGACUUCAGCAGUUCUGAGCAGCCUGAAAGCCAAACCUCUAAGCAAACAGAAAUGAUAGGUUCUAAAGUGAGUGGAAAGAGUAGUAAUGUAUCAAAGGAUAAAAUUCAUCGCUGGGCUCCCUACCCGUCUCAGAAAAUUGUAGAGCCACAACCAGGGUUGAAAGAAGCUACUGCUAAGAAGUCAGAGGUGGUAGAUGAACCUCCUUUUCUUUUUCACCUAAUAACUGCAUGUGGGAAAGAUCCCAAGACUAAUAAUAUAGAUAAUUCCACAAAGCCCAAAACACAGAAAGAAACUCAGUCAGGCUCCUUCGAUCACAAGGCCACUUCUGAUCACAGUGUUUCCAGGGAGGCAGUAACCACUUGUACAUCUAGAGUAACACCUGAACAAGAGAACAGCUCACAUAAAAUGCCAUCCCUCAAGUCUCCACUCCUUCCAAUCCCAAACACCAGAUCAUUGUCUCAAAAACAGGAUUCAAAGAACCUUUCAAAAAACACAAAACCUUUGUCUUCAGCUCCAGGAGAAUGUCAGAAUCACUCAACUGCAGUUAGCUUGGAAGAGAACCAGAAUUCCUCUUAUGUAUCUAAACUGCGUAGUUCAAGUUCUCGUGUCUUAAAAGGAAAUAAAACUGUGCUUGAUGGCACUCAGAAGGAGCCUGUUGACAAUUUAAGUGAAGGCUUACGAAAAGCCAAGGAGGUGCUAAAAUGUGGUCAGUCCCUGCAAAAUCCACUACAGAUCAGUGCCAAAAGUUCCAAGAGCAGUGCACCAGAAAGUAAGAAUGGAGAAGAGUCUGUGAAAGGUGCUUUGAACCCUGAGCUUCAAGAACAUGCACCAGAAGUUGGAGGUGAUGCAGAACUAUUAGACCUUGAAAAGCAUGGUACAAAAGUUGAAGAUGUUGGUCCUGUAAUUCCCAAAGGGUCACCAUGUGGCACUUCAGAAUGUGAACGUGUUGCUACUGAGAGAGAAAGUGAUGACAAAAUUAUGAAAACCACUGGAAAAUGCUCCAUUAAUUCAGAUGGCCCCACAGUUCAACAAAAAGAAUCAGAGUUUCAAAUGGAGUCUGCAGCUAGUCCUCAAUCUGGCAUACUGCUAGACUUGAAAACAUCACUAGAAGAUAUCCAUGCUGAAGAUCCUAAGUCAGGCUUGCCUUUCGAAACAGAAAGCUUUGAGAGCAAUAACUUGGAUGUUGACAUCCAAAAAGGAGGUACAGGUCAACCUUCAGGAUCUCUCUUGCCUGAACUAAGCAAACUUGGUUUUCCUGCCUCUCUCCAGCGAGAUCUAACUCGGCACAUUAGUUUGAAGAGCAAACCUGGGGCUCAUCUUCCUGAACCCAAUCUCAAUAAUGCACGCCGCAUUCGGAAUGUUAGUGGGCAUCGAAAGAGUGACACAGAGAAGGAGUCAGGGCUCAAACCAACCCUGCGGCAGAUUUUGAAUGCUUCUCGAAGAAAUGUCAACUGGGAACAGGUCAUUCAGCAGGUAACCAAGAAGAAGCAGGAGCUGGGCAAAGGUUUACCCAGGUUUGGCAUAGAGAUGGUACCCCUAGUGCCAAAUGAGCAGGAGGUAUUGGAUUUGGAUGAGGAACCUGACCUGUCCAGUUUAGAAGGUUUCCAAUGGGAAGGCAUUUCCAUUGCUACAUCACCUGCAUUGGCAAGAAAACGCAGUCUUUCUGAGAGCAGUGUGAUCAUGGACAGGACUCCCUCCAUGUACAGUUUCUUCACUGAGCAGGCCACAGGAAAGGAGAAUGAGCCACAGCAGAUUGUUCCACCCAGUAACUCAUUGCAGACAGCCCAAGGUCAGAAAGCAAACGUGAACCUUAAACAAGACAUAGUGCCUCUGACUUCUUCCCCAAGGGCAGUUGAAAGGGUUGAAAGUGUUGCAACUCGAAGGAGGCAUAGUGCUCAGUUGCCCCCUGACCGAAUGCUAUCCUUGGUGCGCUCUGCCAGACAAGAAGAACUGAGUAGGCAGGAGAGCUCAACACCCCUUUCUGAGAACCAGAACACUCAGGAAAGUAACGGAGAAGGGAACUCGUUAUUAUCUAAUGUCUCCUGUGGCAUCUCUAGUUUGGUGGAUGCUGCUACAGACAGCAGCUGUACCUCUGGGGCAGAGCAGAAUGACAGCCAGGGCAUCCGGAAGAAACGCAGAGCAACCGGAGAUGGAUCUUCACCUGAGCUUCCAAGUCUGGAAAGAAAGAAUAAAAGAAGGAAAAUUAAAGGCAAAAAAGAACGAUCUCAGGUUGACCAGCUGCUGAAUAUUUCUCUAAGGGAAGAGGAGCUGAGUAAAUCCCUGCAGUGUAUGGAUAACAACCUUCUGCAGGCCCGGGCAGCCCUGCAGGCAGCAUAUGUGGAAGUCCAAAGGCUACUUGUGCUGAAGCAGCAGAUAACUAUGGAGAUGAGCGCCCUAAGGACCCACAGAAUACAGAUACUACAAGGACUACAAGAAACUUAUGAACCUCCUGAGCGGACAGAACAGGUCCCCUGCAGUCCUUCUCGUGAGAGAAAGAGCAGAUCCCAGACAGUUGCUGAUCCCCCUCCUCUGCCUAGCCCCUUUUUUCCUCUUUUUCUGGAUACUCACCCUUCUAAUAUAUCACCAUCUGCCCCUGGAGUGCCACUUCGAGUGUGCACACCACCUGCUUUCCAGGCUCCUGGGAGUCUCACAUCCCCAGCUCCAGACUCAUCAGUGCAGAUUAAACAAGAGCCCAUGUCUCCUGAGCAAGAAAAUAUGAAUGCUGUGCUACAGGAUUCAGCCUGCAGUGCUUCUGAGGAAUUGCUACAAACGAAUAGAGAGAUCAGUGGCAACUAUUCGUUGUACCCAAUCAUCGCUGGGACAUUGUCCCUAUCCCACUUAACAGAAAGUUUACAGCAAGCAAGCCAAGAACUGAAGGCAUCCCUGGAACAGCAAGGUGGUGCCAGAAGAGUAGAACAAUCUACUUCGCAAUUAAUUGGUCCUCUUCUCAUAAAGAAAGAGGGGGAGGUAUCAGCCCAAAGUAACAGCGUUGUUGAGCCCUGUAGCAGCUCCUUUUUGAGCCUGACCUUUCCCUCACAAACUCCUUUGGAGAAGGGGCACUCACUGUUGACUGAACAGCCAGCAGAAUCCACUCUGACUUCAGCUGAAAGCAAGGGGAACAAGAAAAAAAAGAAGCUCAGGAAAAAGAAAACUCUGCGUGCAACCCAUGUGCCUGAGAACAGUGACACCGAGCAGGAUGUCUUUACUGCCAAACCUGUAAGGAAAAUCAAGUCUGGAAAGAUGACAAAAGGAGGAAAAGUUACAACAUCCACAUCCUUGGCACAGGAAGAGGGGAGAACCGGUCAGGAACAAGACAGAGCUAGAGAUGAGCCUGACAGUGACUCUUCCCUGGAAGUCCUUGAGGUUCCUAAUCCUCAUUUAGAAGUGGUAGCCAUUGAGUCAUCUGAGUCCGGAGAGGAGAAACCAGAUAGUCCAUGUAAAGAUGAUGCCUGGAACUCUCCAGAGCAGUCCCUGCUGGAAGCAUCUCGUUCUGGGUGUGAUGAAGUAAGCUCUACCAGUGAAAUUGGAACACAUUAUAAGGAUGGUAUCCCUAGAAGUGUGGCUGAAACUCAGACUUCCAUCUCUUCGAUAAAAGGGUCAAAGAAUUCUUCAGAAAUCUCUUCAGAGCCUGGAGAUGACGAAGAACCCACUGAAGGAAAUUUUGAGGGACAUCAAGCUGCAGUGAAUGCUAUUCAGAUUUUUGGAAACUUACUGUAUACCUGUUCAGCUGAUAAAACAGUGAGAGCCUAUAACUUGGUGACUAGGAAAUGUGUGGGUGUUUUUGAGGGGCACACCUCCAAAGUGAACUGCCUCGUGAUUACUCAGACCAAUGGAAAGAACUCAGCCCUCUAUACUGGUUCCAGUGAUCAUACCAUCCACUGCUACAAUAUCAAGACUAGAGUGUGUUUGGAGAAGUUACAACUGGAAGACCGUGUACUCUGUCUUCAUAAUCGGUGGCGAAUCCUUUUUGCAGGAUUGGCAAAUGGCACUGUAGUUACCUUCAGCCUAAAGACCAACAAGCAGCUUGAUAUCUUUGAGUGCCAUGGUCCUCGGGCUGUUAGCUGCCUGGCUACAGCUCAGGAAGGUGCCCGAAGACUGCUGGUGGUGGGAUCCUAUGACUGCACCAUCAGUGUUCGAGAUGCUCGGAAUGGACUCCUCCUCCGAACACUGGAGGGUCAUAGCAAAACCAUUCUCUGCAUGAAGGUGGUGAAUGAUCUUGUAUUCAGUGGCUCCAGUGACCAGUCUGUCCAUGCCCACAACAUUCAUACUGGUGAGCUGGUACUCUAUAAAGGUCACAACCAUGCAGUGACUGUGGUGAAUAUUCUGGGGAAGGUCAUGGUGACUGCCUGCCUGGACAAGUUUGUUCGUGUCUAUGAAUUACAGUCUCAUGACCGUUUGCAAGUUUAUGGAGGACACAAGGAUAUGAUAAUGUGUAUGACGAUUCAUAAGAGUAUGAUUUAUACUGCUGUUAUGAUAGGUAGCAAUCCAGGCUGUAAGCUAAAUCUGAUGCAGAAUUUUCGCUGUUGGGUAAGGAUGCAUGGUUGCUCAUUGAUAUUUGGUGUUGUAGAUCACCUCAAACAACACUUGCUAACUGACCACACCAACCCAAACUUUCAGACUUUGAAUGUCGUUGGAAAGAAUUGUGAUGCGUUCUUUACUGCUAGGAAAGGAUCCAAGCAGGAUGCAGCAGGACAUAUUGAACGACAUGCUGAAGAUGACAGCAAAAUUGAUUCAUGAAGUUUUUACCUCCCACGUUGGGAAGUUGUUUAGACUAUUAUUGCCCAUAUCAACCCCCCUAUGCACCACUCCUCCCAGCUUUUUCCUCCCUCCCCUUUCCCCCUCAUCUCCCUCCCCCUUUACCAAAAAAAAAAAAGGCAAAAAGGGAAUAUGAUUAUUCUGCCAGGCUAAAAAUGCCACGAGCCUGUACAGUUCUGUGGGAAUAUGGGUUAACUCUUUGAGGUCAAGCUGAAGGCUUGUUAUUUAAUGAAGUGUAACAAAUGGUAACAUGCCCCUGGGGAUGGUGCAGUGCAGAUACACAAAGCCCUUCUGUAAGGGCAGAAUGAUCUGUGUCCAUUAAUGUGCUCCAGGUGUUUAAUAGAUGUGAGUCACACUCUUGACAAAUAAUUUUUUAAAAAAUUUAAGUUAUUAAAGUGGUUUAGAUACCAAACCAAAAUAUCUGAUUGUUAGGUGCAGUCAGAUUCUGCAAUUCCAGAAUUGAGUUUUAAUUUCCUUUCUGCAAGUUACUGCCAGGUAUUUUCAUGUUAAAUUGGAAGUCAAUUGUUUGCUUUUUUAAUGUAAUGUGCUAUUUAAGUGUCAAUAUUAUUCCUUUGAAAUUGGAUGAAGUUUGUGAUAAGUGGUAAAGGACACAGUGCUUUUGGAGGUGGAAUGACUGUUCUGCAAAUGACUGCACUUCAGGUUACCUAGGGUCUGGCAGCUAAACCCUGUUCAUUCAGCAGAAACAUACUGAUUCAUACCCAAACACUUAUUGGUAUGACUUUCUCUGCUUAUAUGAAUAACACUGAUCUUUACUAUUGAACUGGAGUAUGUAGUGUAAAUAUAAUCUAGUAAAGAGACAUAAUUGAGGUGAAGCCUUCAUUUUGUUUUCUGGGCUUCUGAUUCUUAAGCUUUUGAGGUCUAGAGCCUUAAGGCUUAAUCCAGAACUGACUUCCUUCUCUUCCCACUCCUCACUCUCCAACCAGGUUAGGUUGACCUGGCCUUGGAACAUGGUCAUUUUCCACCUGAAUUUAUAAAGGAUGCUCCCAGUUCUCUGCCCAAUAUACAGCCAUACUUUAUGAAGACUGUGGAGUUAGGGUGGAACACCUGCAACCUACUGUAGAAAACCAACAGGUGAUUUCUUGUUAUUUCUACAGUCAGUGUCUUUUCCUUUCCACCCCACCAGACAAUGAGAGGAAAAAGUACUGUCUUGGCUCUGUUGGAGGGGAACAUUCUUCUCAUUCUUUUGGAUUUGGGGAAAGGGGGUAUCUUUCUUGGUCAUUUAGAAAUUGAAACUGUAGAAGGUGUUUCAUGAUUUAUCUAGCCCAGAAAUGUUGCCUAGAGGUUGAUAAGAAAGGAAGGAAAAGAACCACUACAGCUUCAUGAUGUGAAAUGUCUCAGAGUCUGAGAGAUGCAGGUUUUCCCUGUCAGUAUAUCCCAGUCACAUACCCUCCUUUCAGCUCUAGGACAUAUAAGGAUUUAGGGCUUACAAAUGGCUCUAAAAUUCCUUCCUUUUACCCAUUUAUUAACUGAAUUAUGGUGUUAUGUUUAGGAGGAUGAAAAAAUUUAUUGUGUGAGGUUUGUGUGUCCUUUUAUUAUUUUUAGUAGCAUUUAAAAAAACAGUUUUUAUACUCACAUCUCUGCUUCCUUUUAAAGGUUUAGAGUUGUGAUUGGAGAAUUCAGGCCAGCCUGUGGGUAUAAUGGGAAUGCACCCCUCAGGGGGAUUCAUUUGGGUCUGCUCUGGCAGGGCGAGUGUUCUUUCUUUAGGCCAUCUGUGGGUGGGGCAUUUAGAACCAAAGCCUCAAUCCAUUGCAGUGCCAGGCUUGCCAUGUGGUAAGACCGAUAAUCCAUUAAUCAGCAGUCCUUAAAUACUUGUUUCCAUUGGUUAACUCAUUUUCAAACAGAGGGAAAGUGACUUGCGGGAAAGUCUGAAAGAUCAAGGCUUGGCAGCCCCUUGAAGUAAUUGUUUUCAGAAGCCCUAAUACCACAGGAAAGUAUGUGGGAUGUUCUUUGGAAGUCUGAGAAUAUUGACGAAGGUGAUUGAGGUAGCUGAAGUGAAGGAGGGUAUGCAGUGUGUGUCUGCCUUUGUGUGUGCACCGCGCGCAUGUGCCUUUGACAAUUUGUCACAUCUCCCAGAUUUCUUUGGAAGAAUGCGGAAACAUUUAUAUUGUAAGAACAUGCAGAAAUCUCAUUCAUAGCUAUACAUGAUGUACUUUUUAGAAAUGAAAAUCUAUGGAUGUGAGUUCUUGUUUGAAAUUGAGGGAGUAAACACUUAGAGCGUGUGUGUGUGUGUGUGUGUGUGUGUGUGUGUGUGUGUGUGUGUGUGUGUGUGUGUAAAGUAUUUGAAAGAGGCACAUGCAGACCCUUAGGGAUUUUUGUCUGUUUAUAUUUGGUUUGUUUUAAUCUGCAAGAAUGGUCCAAAGCUGACCUCUAAGUUUUUGGUCUUAUCUCACAGAGAAACAUUGAACAUAGAUUGUUGCUUCUAGUUGGCAGUUUAUGGGGAAUCUAAUCAUUGAAGGGACUGUUAGAAGAUAAAACCAAAAUAGGCUGUCAUUGGAAGUUGAGGUUGGAUUACAGAAACCAUUUCUGUGAUGCUACUUUUGAGUAGCUAUGACUGAUUUGGAGGCCAGAGCCCCAGGGAAGAACUGCAGUGUGUAUGUGUGUGCAUGCAUGUGUGUUCAUAGUUUAAGAUGAUGUUUGUGUUAUUGCAGCCUACUUAGAAUUUCAGGCUAGGAUUUAGGCAGGUUCAAGGGAAUAUACUUAAGCCAAGCAAAAUCCAGUGAGGUAAAUUCAAAAGGAGGGAAAUAUUUGGACCUAUGAUAUUACUUGAACCUGAAUAAGUCAGUAGCAUAGGCCUGCCUUUGCCUAAAGAGAAUAUUCUUCUGCAGGGACAGCUUCACUCUACUCCUCAGACCUGGACUGUGGCAGGCUGUUGCAUUUUGCGCUAAACAACCUGUAACUUGUAUGCAGAGGACUUGCUGUGUGAGUUACUGUAAUCCUGAGUGAUGUUUUUGUCGGUUAUGUUAUAAACAUC